AUGUUCGCGCUCAUCGCCUCACUGCCGCUUGCCGCGCAGCCUCGCACCUGCUGGGAGAUGAAGCCCGGCUACAAUGCCAUCUCGCGCCUCGUGGCGGCGCCCGGCAAAGAGCGGCGGCCCGACAUCUUCUUUUUCGGAGAGACGGGCUCGGCGGACGCCUGCCGCGGCGCGUGCGAGGCGGAGGGGCCGGGCUGCGCCGCAUUCGCCUGGAUGGGCCCCGGCAAGCGCGGCGUCUUCGGAGGCGCCGACAAGUGGGCGCGUGGGUGCUACGGCCGCGGCGCCUCCACGCGAACCAUGGUGCCAGACAAGGAGCGCGUGAGCGGCGUCAAGGCGAGGCCGGUGUACGGGCUCGAGGCGCUGCUCGGCGACGUCGACCCCGACUCGGUCCAGCAGCAGCCGCGGCACGCGUGCCAAGCCCCGCCGUUUGCAAGCCCGUGUCACGAACCCUUGUCAGCGGCUCCGGGUGCCGCGCCUGUCGCCGGCGCCAGCGCCGACGCCGAUACCGACUCCCGUGCCGGCGUGCCGCUCAAGACCAUCAACGCCGUCGUCGACCAAGUCAACAGCGGCAAGAUGACCUUCGACGAUUGCGUCGCCAAGCUGAGCAGCCUCGGUGCGGCGGCCGCCGCACAGCAGCAAGCGGCGCAAGCGGCGCAGCAGCAGCGCGGCUUCGCACGCGGUGAGUCUGUUGUCAGCCGCCGCCAGGCCGCCGCCGCCACGGCUGCCGCUUCUGAGCCGGCGUUGCAGCGCGAAGUCGAGCUCAAGCAGAAGCUUGCGGAGUUGCAGGCCAAGGAGGCGGACCCAGCGACAGGCCACAGCGCACAUGGGCGGGUCUGA